GAGAGAGAGAGAGAGAGAGAGAGAGAUUCGAGUCCAGUAACCCAGGGGCCCAAUUGUUGUUCCAGUAGUCCAAUAGCUUCUCUUCCAAGUCGCUCUGUCUUCUACACUCACAGGGGAACAAAUUACAGUCAAUCGUCGUCAGUACCUUUCGGUCAGCAACAAUGGGAAACAAAGCUCCUCAAUCUCAAGCUGCAAAAGGGAUCUGUCACCAGCUGGCUACAUGAUGAAAAUUCAGUCCUACUCCAUGCUUACUGGCCAAGAAUGAAGUUUGACUCUGGUUUGUUCGAGUACGGAGGGCAUAAAUGGGCAAGGCAUUGCACCAACUUUAACUAAUUUCAAGCUACAAAUACUGGACAAUAAAAAAAAAGGAUGAAAAUUCCGGUGAGAGUUGGUUCAGUGCUGGUGGUCUUGAUUGGGGUUUGCAAAGUUUAUGGAGCUGAAGGAUUUGAAGAGUUUAUUGUUAAUGAUGCUUCAGAAGUUCAAUUCCUUACCCUCUCUCCUAUGAAGGAUCAAUGCGCUGUGGUUGCUGCGAAUUAUCAAUGGACCAUGGUGAGACAGAGAUCGGUGGAUGCUCUAAUGUUUCUUGGUGGCUGGUUGGGGAGUUCUGUGCGUGUCAUGGGUGAGUUUGCAUGUCAAGUGGAAAAGUUUGUUCAUAGAAUGGCACAAUUCGAGCAAGCAGCGGAGCAGAUCGACAUCGGAAUGCAAGAGAUCGCAGAGGGAGUGCAAAUGCUUAAAGAUUGCACCAACCCUGAGUGCAAAUGUUGUCAGAAAAGGCUUGCAGACGAAAGCUUGUGGGAAAUCAGGUUGUGGGAAUAUUUGUCGGACAGGGCUUGCAGGAUGAAACUGUUUAUGCUUGCAUUCGCAAGGUUGUGGGAAAGGAUGUGGCAUACAUGUCAGCAUAGAUGUUAUAGAUGUCUCACAUUCUUGAGAUGUAGUACACAAAACUUUUACAAACUCAAGGCAUUGUUAUUGCCGCUGGUAAAUAAGGAUUACUAAGGGAGGUGUAUUCGAUUAGGAAUUUAAUAGAUUUCAAAAGAUUUUAAAAGUCCAAAGGUAUUCAAUUAAGAUUUUUAUGGAAUCCAUUAA